AUGUCGAGAUUGUGGGGAGCCAUAACGAACAUUGAUUUACCCGUUUUCAUUAGGCCAAAGAUUUAUUCGUUGUACGCGAGUUCAUUCGGAGUCAAUUUGGACGAAUGCGAAGUACAAGAUCUUACGCGUUAUAAAAGUCUUUCGGAAUUUUUCAUAAGGCCUCUGAGAGAAGAGUGCAGGCCCAUAGAUUCGGAUCAUAGGUGCAUAGUAUCUCCGGCAGACGGUAGAGUUUUAACAUUUGGAAAAAUCACGAGUUGUCAAGUCGAUCAAGUCAAAGGAGUGACGUAUUCGCUGCAGCAAUUUUUAGGUAAGCAAUCGUGGCGAAAAAUGACAAAUCGUUCGACUCAAACAACUUUCGAGGGUUUGAACAACGAAAGGCAAGACACGGAUUUGUAUCAGUGCGUCGUGUACCUGGCACCCGGAGACUAUCACAGGUUUCAUUCUCCGGUCAGUUGGAAAGUCAAAUUCAGGCGGCAUUUUCAAGGUAAGCUUUUGAGCGUGAAUCCAGCUGUCGCGAGUUGGAUAAAUAAUUUAUUUUCAUUAAAUGAAAGAGCCGUUUACGUCGGAUCGUGGGAACAUGGAUUUUUCAGUUUGACCGCCGUCGGUGCGACAAAUGUCGGAUUCAUAAGAGUCGUUUUCGAUCCGGUGAAAAGAGACUUAUUUUUCGCACAAAAAGACUGGAGGAGAGGAAACGGAGAGGAGGCGGAGAGAAAAGUCAGGUUCGAUAAACCUGUUGAAAUACAAAAGGGACAAUUGUUCGGUGAAUUUCGUUUGGGUUCGACGAUCGUUUUAAUAUUCGAAGCUCCGAAAAAUUUUAAAUUCGACAUUGAAAACGGACAAAAGAUAAAAUACGGAGAAAAAAUCGGAGCUUAUACGACGUGUUAA